AUGAAGGGUGGAACAGAUUAUUAUGUGAUGACAGAACUACCUCCCCAGGCAUCCACCGGAGGCCCUGGCUUCCAUUCUGCUUCCAUCUCGUCUCAGCAGGGGCUGGAUGAGUGUACAGAGAAGUGCAAGUCGAAACAACAUGGCCAGAUAAUAUCCGCUGCCAUCCAAACUGGAUCCCAAGAGGAGGCUGCCGCAUAUAUGUCACCUGAUGUCCAAGUCAAUGGGAAGGACCUGGAGUCUGGUUACUCUGCUCUCCAUCGCAGUCUCUUCUAUGGUCAUAUUCCUGUUGCCAUUGCUCUCCUCAAGAAUGGAGCACGAUUGACCCAGACUGAUCGUGAUGGUCUGACUGCAUUGGAUCAUGUCCUUUUUGAUCGGCCUCCCAUUGUUGAUCUUUCAGUGUACUCUAUCUCUGAACUCUACAUCUGGGGCACAAAUGCCAAUUAUAAUCUGGGCACAGGAGCCACAGCCUCAAAGGAACAACCAGACAUCUUUGACUUUUUCAGGAGAGAUUCUGUUCAGAUUUCUUCUGUUUCCAUGAGUGAGUACCACACUCUGUUCCUUACAAAGGGAGGACAGGUUUAUAGCUGUGGUCACGGUCUUGGAGGACGGCUGGGUUUUGGAACUGAGGAGAGUCAAUUGACGCCAAAAUUGAUCCAGUGCUUUGUGGAGAGUGAUUCAUGCAUUGCCAUUGCCUCUGGCUCUGAUCAUUCACUCUUCCUUACUCAGAAUCACAAUGUCUGGAGUUGUGGGAGCAACAGAUAUGGGCAACUUGGACAUUACUUAAGUCCCACUGAUCGCCUGUUGAAUCCAAAAGUGAUAUCCCUUAAAUGGCCAAAUGAACCAAUCCAGGGAAUUGCUUGUGGUCCCUCUCAUUCUGUGUUCUACUCCUCUACACACCUCUUCACAUGUGGUGUGAAUUCAGGGCAACUUGGUCACUUGCAAGGAAGUGAUACAAUCAAUGCACCCAAGCUGGUGACAUGUUUAAAUAUUUCUGAGAAGUACAAGGUUGAAUAUGUGGCUGCAAGUGAAGGAGCAACAAUUGUAUUGGCUACAGAUCAUUCUACUGGAGUAUCAGAUGUCUUCAUUCUCAACGAUUACCAGUGCCGAAAGUUAGCCUCCAAGUACAGUGAUGUGCAGAGAAUUGAUGUCAUAGGAGGUGGUGAUAAGGAGGUAAUAGUUUUCAUUCUGGCACAAAAUGGUUGUCUUUUCAUAUGGAGAGGCUAUAAUCCCACAUUGACUAAAUGCUCCUUCAAUCUUCAAAAGGACAUCUUUGUUGUGGACCUGGCACUCAGUCGACAUUCUGUUCUUGUUGUCACAAGACAGGGUGAGGCCUACUCUGCAUGCUGGAGCACCAAGAAGAGUUCCCAUGCACAGACACAGACCAAGAAGACAGGGAAGGGAAGGUUAAAAGACAUAGAUGGGGAGACUGAGGUUCUCCGCACAAAUCGUGUCCCUUUCAUUCAGCGAGGAAUUCGAGUCUUUUGUGAUCCAAAAGGCAAUAACUUUGCUCUUCUUCAGGUGCACCCCAAAGAGAGCCUCACUGAUGUGCCUUCAGUUUCUCCAUCUGCAAUGAAAGAAGAUAUGGAAUUCCUUUUGAAGAAUGCAGAGGAGUUGGUUUCAGAUGUCACUCUGAUUGUAGGGGGGAAGAGAUUUCCAGCACAUCGCUUGAUCCUGAAGGAGCGUUGUGAGUAUUUCCGGAACCAGUCCAAAAUUGACUCUGGUGACACCAUCAAUCUGGAUGGGAUCAGUCCUCAGAUAUUCUCUCACAUUCUUCAUUACAUCUAUACAGGGGAGACUCCGUUCCUUUCUCCAGGGUCUCCCAUGUCAAAGGAUCCAUUACCUUUGACCAAGGAGGCUGCCAAACGGCUUCAUCUUAAGCCAUUGAUCAAGUACUUGGAAUCAUUGAAGUGGAAUAAGGGGCAUAUCAUCUCCCCUCUUGCAGGACCUCCUCGUGGCUCCUUGGCUUCACAACUCCAGUUUUCACGCACUUCUUGGCCUUGUGUUGUGGAUGUGACUCUGAUGAGCCAGGAUGGAAAGGAGCUCCCAUGUCACAAGUGCAUUCUCAUGGCUCGGUCUGAAUACUUCCGCAAUAUGUUCGCCUUGAACUGGCGGGAGAGCCAUGGCAUGGAGAAGGUUCCCAUUGCUAUUCCUGUAGAGAUCCUUGAAUUUCUUCUUGAUUAUUUAUAUCAGGACUCUGUUCCCCACACUAAAAGGGCCAACGACAUCACAUUCCUUGCACAAGUUCUUCUUGUGGCCGAUCAACUCCUUCUACAUCGACUCAAGGCAAGCCCCUGUAGACACAUAGAUGUAUCAAUGAAGAAAGAGGAGUGUGAGGUGUCCCUUGUGGAUAUGAUGACCCUUAAGAAUGCCCCUGAUAUCCUAGACUUAGCUCUCAUGUGCAAUGCCCCUGGGCUCAAGGAUGCAGUCUUUCAGUUCAUCUCACUCAACCUUGCCUCUUUUCUUGACGCCAGAUCCCUGGAAGAAUGCAGUGAGGAAGCACUGGAAGGCCUGGCUGCAUAUUAUCGUUCUUUGCUGCCAUGCAUGUCAAGGCGCAUCCUCACACCUCCUGCCUGGCGACUGGGUCUCGCUUCAACCGCAGAACUUGCUGACAUUGCUCAGGAGAGCCCACAGGAUCUUUCUGAUUUUCAAAUGUCACCUAACACCAGAACCACUGCUUUAUCUCGUACAAGAAAAGCUGCCAAGAAGAGUAAGAGAGAGCGAAAGAGAACUUCCAGUGGCAAGCUAUCCUCAACCUUGGAUGGUACACUUGAUGGAGGGGAAAAUCAGGAGGGUGAAAAAGAUGUCCAAAUGUGUGGCAAAGAAGAAACAAGGCAAGAGGAAGAAAAAAAAGACAUGAUGGGAAGUGGGUUGGGGAAAGGAGUGCGUGUGAUCCCACCUCCACCAAGUCCUCGACCUAUGCUCUUCCAUGACCAAGACUUCCCUUCACUUGGAGAUAUGGCCCACUCCCCUCCUUCUAGUGAGAAUCUCUACUUUGGAGUAAUGCUGGAGCCCAAACUUCAGGAUCAUUGGGCCACAAAGGCAGUGGGUUGUGCCAAUUGUGGGCCUUCACAAACCCAUGAGCUGCUUCCCAAGCAGAGGGAGGAGAAAGGGAAGGGGAAAAUGAAGAGGAUGGAGCGAGGAAUUAAGGUGAAUUUGUGGACCUUGUCAACUGAAGAAGAGCCAGAACAAGCAGAUGCUAAAUCUCCUGCCUCACCACUCGUCACCCCCUCGUGGGCCUCCAUGAAGGAAACAGUGCAGGAGAUGAGCUUCUCACAGAUCCUUGCAGAAGAGGAAAUGAUGCAGCAAAAGCUGAAUCGCACUCUCUCCAAACCCCUCUCCCUGAUUCAGUACACUGAGGCACAGACAUAA